AAAUGAGAUGCUUGUCAGAAACAGGAAAACUGCUCUGAGAGCACAUUCCAGCCAGAUCCCUUCCAGGACAAUGAGGGGUGGGACAAAAUUGUGUAUUUAAAAUCUCCGUAGGCUUGAUAUUGCGCAUGAAUCGGGAACAGAGCAAAGUUAGGUUCCUAGGCGUUCUAAGUAGGAUACUUUAUCGAGAUGGAGAUAUUGGCUGUUUGAGAAGGUAUUUAAUUGUGUUAGUUAAGUUCUUUAUUAAAAACAGAAGACUGACGUCUAGUAGCCUAUGUUCCAGGCUAGAGUUUCGUGUUUUCGGUUUAUCAGUGGAAGAUUUUAGCCCGAGAUACAGGGUCAUUGUGUUGCGCUUCAGACGAUACAAAUAUGUUCAACUUGGACGGACUAUAUCUCGGGCAUAAAGAUCGCUAAUUUUUCGGCAGAUAUUUUGGCUUUUCGGUUUAGAAUCGUUUUUAUUGGAUGUGUGACAUAGUUUUAAGAGACCGAAAAGGUUGAGAGGAGCAGUCGGUGUAGUGGCUGAUCAGCAUCGAAAGGGGAAAGGAUGUGGCGAGAUUUUAGGAUUGAACAUUUGGAACUAAAAGCGUUCACUGAACUCAAAGGUUGACACACGAUUGAAGACGUAUCUAAUACAUGACUUUUGGGUGUCUUUUAAUACUUUAAAAUACACAUUUCGUUUUUAAUAUUGGACAAACGUGCUGCAUUUCCAUGGUACACCAUUUGGCUUCCGCGUGAAAAGCAAGAGGAAAGAGAGCUGCACGUAGAAGGGAAAAACAGAGAUGGGGGGUGCUGCCAUGCUCACAGUGCUGCUAUCUGGGAUGUGCCUGUGGACCUCCACCGCUCAUGCAGAUCAGUCAUCCGUGGGGUCAUCAUCAGAGGGCCCUGACGACAGCACCAACCUUCUGUGUACAUGUGAGAACAACAAGGGGACAUGUAGGAACGGCACCUGUAGAGGUGCCUACUGCUUCUACACCAAGGUGCAUGGCAGAGAGGAGAGGGGCUGCUUCCAUAAGGACCACUACAAGGAACAGUGUUCCACCAACUUCCUGGGACUGUAUGUCCUCUGCUGCUCCAACAACCUCUGUAAUGUCAACAGCUCCGCUCCACCAGACCCAGCAGCUGAGCCUACGAGGGAGGGGAACGGUGUGAUUCUUCUGGUGGCUGUCCCCCUGCUGCUGCUGCUGAUCCUCGCUGUGUGUGUGUGUGGCCUGGUGUCGUGGCUCUGCUCCAGAUCACAGCACCACAGGCUUGGCUACAACAAGGACCAUGACGUCACCAUGCUCAAUGUCCCCAGUGGGGCAGACCCCACCUAUGGGGAUGUCUUUGAUGAGUUCUGUACCUCAGGCAGUGGGACUGGUCUGCCAUACCUGGUACAGAGGACCAUGGCACGACAGAUCUCUCUGGUCGAGUGCAUCGGUAAGGGCAGGUAUGGAGAGGUGUGGAGAGGCACCUGGAUGGGAGAGAGUGUUGCCGUGAAGAUCUUCUCCUCCAGGGAUGAGCAGUCUUGGUUCAGGGAGACAGAGAUUUACAACACUGUACAGCUCAGACAUGACAACAUCCUGGGCUUCAUAGCAUCUGACAUGACGUCUCAGAACUCCACUACUCAGCUGUGGCUGAUCACCCACUUCCACCAGCUGGGUAGUCUCUACGACUUCCUCCAGUACAGCAGCCUGGACCCAGAGGGCUGCCUAAGGAUGUGCCUGUCUGUAGCCUGUGGUCUGGUCCACCUUCACACAGAGAUACUCAGCUGCCAGGGAAAACCCGCCAUCGCCCACCGAGACCUGAAGAGCCGAAACAUCCUGGUCAAGAUGAACGGACAGUGCUGCAUCGCUGACCUGGGUCUGGCUGUGAUGCAUUCCCAGACCAGUGACUAUCUGGAUGUGGGGAACAACCCCAGAGUGGGAACCAAACGUUACAUGGCCCCGGAGGUCCUGGACCAGAGCAUCCGCAUGGACAUCUUUGAGUCGUACAAGCAGACAGACAUCUGGGCCCUGGGCCUAGUCCUCUGGGAGAUUUCCACAAGGACCAUAGUAAACGGGAUAGUGGAAGAGUACCGUCCGCCCUUCUUUGACAUGGUGCCCUCUGACCCCAGCUUUGAGGAGAUGAAGAGGGUGGUGUGUGUGGACAAGCAAAGACCCAGUAUGCACAACAGGCUGCACUCUCACCCGAUCCUGUCCUCCAUUACCAAGAUAAUGAAGGAGUGUUGGUUCCAGAGCCCUCCAGCCCGCCUAACAGCUCUCCGUGUCAGGAAGACCCUCUCCAAGCUGGACCAGGACCAUGGCUACCCCACAGAGAAACAAAAAAUGGAUCUGCAGGCCUCAACUCCAGACUACAAGCAGGACGUCUAGACCUUAACAUAAGACUACAAACAGCACACUAACAUUAGGGCUGAUAGUCUUGUAUAGAGACUAUCUAUAUCCUUUGCUACUAUGUAAGACUCUCAGUGUCCCAUGUUUCUGGUGCCUCUUCCUAAAAGGCCCUCACCAACCUUCCAUACACUGCCUGGAUCAUUUCAUCAGGAAUACGAUAGAAGAAUUGUAUGUAUUUGCUUCGGCAUAUUAAUUUGGCGAGAUCUGGAAUGGGACAAGCAUAAGCAUCGACAAAUAAGGACUUGGAUUUUUGAAGAGUUUACUGAAAGGACUUCCAUAGGAACAUGGACAUUGUUUUCUCCAAGCGGCCCACAGGAUUGAGAGAUCAUCAGAGUUUGGUCCUUGUUAUAGCCUUAUCCUGUGAUACUUUGGGGAUGGACAUGCCGCCUUUGGAUCAGUGAGGCCUUGUGAUGUAUGAUCAGAAUGAUCAUUACAAGCGGCCGUUAAUGUCUUGCUAGUGCCUUGUUUGUUUUGAUGCACUGUACGGAAUCUAUACAUAUUCAUUGAUUUAGUAUAUUCUGGAAGCAUUUAGAGCUGACCAUAAACAGUUCCCUGAUAAUGUGCUACUCAUGAUCGUAGUAUAAGCCCAGAGCUAAUGAAGUAGUUGUAUCUAGCGAUAGAAUACUGUAUCUUUCACCAGCGUUGGAUUUACUGUAAAGUACCUAUGUAUAUUAUGAUAUUUAUGUAUUUCUAUUUGUAUUUUAUCUGAAAUUAUAUAUGCAAUACUUUCAGUGUAGAAAUACUAUCAUUAUCAUCACUACCAUUCAACAUUAAGGGAAUUAAAAAACAUUACAUCGAUUACAGGGUAUUUAAUUUAUCCAUAGAUACAUGUUUAUUAACCUACUAAAAAUGGUUGAAAUGUGUUUGUAUGCUGCUCACCUCACUCUGAAAUUACAUUUGAAUUAGGCUGCUAAAAGAUUAGUUGUUAUGCUGGUCGGGAAAAGGGGCGUAAUUGUCCACCAGAGGGCACCAGACACGAUAUAGCAGAUAUUUCAGAUCUGUCAAUCACAUUUCAGAAGGAGAAUACACCCAGACUAUUUCACCCAGACUUAUUGUAUAUUUACUGUUAUGUGAAUGGGACAAACUCCUGCUCCUCCUCAAACAUAAACAAAUACUCUUACUGUAUAUAUAUAUAUAUAUAUAUGUGUGAGUGCCUGCA